AUGGAAGGCAAGUUUGUCACAACGACCACGGACAACAUUCACGAGAUCACAAGCGUAGUAGGUAUUGACGACGACUAUUUGCCCCAGACCUUCCUUGACGCCGUAGUGAUCACAAGGAAAUUGAAAGUGGAGUACCUGUGGAUAGACUCUCUUUGCAUCCUUCAGGACAACAUGAACCAUACCAACAUGGACUCGAAAGAUGACUGGGAAAAAGAGUCAAAACUUAUGGAAGAGGUGUUUGGUUCUGCCUACAUAACCAUUGCCGCCAGCUGUGCGGAAAACAGAUUCCAGGGGUUCCUCAAUCCGCGAAUGCCGCGACGAUUUAGGGGCUGGGUUCUUCAGGAGCGUGCCCUUUCACAAAGAACAUUGCAUUUCACGAGUAAUCAGACAUACUGGGAGUGCGGAGAAGGCAUACGGUGUGAGACAUUUACGAAGACGACGAAUCGAAAAGCAGCGUUCCUUGGAGACUCAAAUUUCCCUCAUUCUGUUGAGUCCUUCAAACAAGGCAGGCAGCUGCAGCACUACCACGACCUCUACGAACGUUAUUCCUCUCUGAGUCUGACAUAUUCUACGGACAAACCAAGAGCCAUUGCGGGCCUCGAAAAGAGAUUGAUGACGGCACUGAAGUCGACCGGUGGCUAUGGUAUCUUCCAAUCAAACCUACACAGAGAUCUUUUGUGGCAGCGCCGCAACACUGGGACCUCGCUGCGACGCAUCAUAUUUCAACCCGGAGAACGAGUCCCUUCCUGGUCAUGGAUGGCUUUUGAGGGAGAAAUAAGCUAUAUGAAUGUUCCGUUUGGCGACAUCUCGAGAGCUACAGACAUUUCGUCACCGUUCGGAAGUCGGACGAAUAGGGACUCGGAAGAAGCAGGAGUUCUUUCAAAGAGGACAUAUUUUCAGGCCCCAGUUCACACGUUGAUUGGCGACAACCUAGCGCGGCUGAUACUUGAUGACCCGGAGAGAAUUCUGCCCCGGCCGCUGAUGUGUGUCAUCAUUGGUACGAGCAGGCAGAACAUUAGCAAUCCACCAAGAUACUUUGCUCUUAUGGUAUCUCCCGUCAAGGCCUCGGAGGCAGAGAAACGCUAUGAGAGAGUGGGUGUGGCCUAUUUACUGGAAGGAGAAGUCUUGAUUGGAGAGAAGGCAGAGGUCGUGAGAGUUCAGUAG